AUGCGUGCUCUCACGCGGUGCGCUAACGCUGCUUUCCUCCGUAGCUCCAAUGCGCGCGUCCCUUCUCCACUCGCACCGCCGCCCUCUUCGUGCAUCCCUAGGGCACCCUCUCUGCUUGCUGCACCCACCCGACAGCAGCAGCGCCAGCGGCGGAGGUGUGUGUGGGGGGAGGAGUGUGUGUGGGGAGGAGUGUGUGUGGGGAGGAGUGUGUGUGGGGAGGAGUGUGUGGGGAGGUGUGUGUGGGAGAGGGGGGUGUGUGAUGGAGGUGUGUGUGGGAGAAGGGGGUGUGUGAUGGAGGUGUUUGUGGGGGAUUUGUGUGUGGGGAGGUGUCCCUUUAAUCACCUCCUCUUUCCUCCUAUCUCCCCCUCCCUCUCCUCUCCCCUCCAUCUGCACCGCACAGCACCAGACUGCACCCUAAGCACCUCCGCCCUCUUCGUGGAUCCCAAGGGCGCUCUCUCCGCUUGCUGCGGCUCCCAGGACAGCCCCUGCGGCUCACUGGAAGCAGCUCUAGCAAGAGCAUCUGACAACGCUACAAUCACACUCGCUUCAGGAACAUAUACCCGCACCGCUCCCCCUCCAUCCGCCCCCAUCCUCCUCCCUCCCCUCCUCGCCCUCACCAUCCUUGGCCCUGGCCUCCCUUCCCCUCCUGCCGUGCUUGACUGUAACGGUGGCCCUUGCCUUGUUGCCUCAUGCCAAAGCACCCCUACUGCUGCUGCUACUGCUGCUGCUGCUGGUGCUGCUCCUAAAACCUGGUGUGGGCAGCAGCAGCCAGUGUUGGUGGUGGAGUAUCUGAGUGUGGUUAAUGGAGUGAGUGGCUGGAAGCAGGGGGAGGUGGUGUGGGUAGCAGCACAGCAACCGCAGCUGAAGGUGGAGCACCUGAGUGGAGUGACAACGGGGAGUGGAGGCCGCCUGCUUCCGGAUGGGUACCGUGCGGUGCUCAGCCACGUGUCCUUCUCCAACUGCACGUCAACAGGUCCCAGUGGUGGUGCUGUAGCUGUUCUAGAAGCUGCUACAGCUACAACUCUCGUUGCUACAGCUGUGACCAUCAGCAGCAGCAGGGUGCGGGGUGGGGGCGUUGGCGGGGGAUUGUACGUGGGAGCAGGGGCGAGAGUGUCUCUGAAAGGGGCGAUGUUCGAAGGGUGUUACACAGAGAGGGAGGAGGGCGUGGCAGGGGGAUAUGGCGGGUGCAUCGCGUCUUUCUCUGCUGCCAAUCUGACGGUUGAAGACUCGAGCUUCACUGGGUGCAAGGUGAGGGGUGGUGUGCAAGGCGAGGGGUGGGUGAAGGGGGGGAAGAGGGGAGAAGAGGGGGGAAAGACUUCUCAGUGUUCCCCUCAGGAGGAGCAAUCCUCUUCAACACUCCCUGCACAUGCACAUCCGGGACUCCCACUUCCUCCCCUCCUUCUGUGGACUCUCACUUCCUCCCCUCCUUCUUUCAACUCCUUGUUCCCCCUUCUCCCCCUUCUCCCCCUUCUCCCCCCUCUCCGCCCUCUCCUUCCACCACCACAGGCCAUGGCAGGUGGGGCAAUCAACGAGUUCAACUCCUCAACCACCAUCGCCAACACCACCUUCACUGCCUGCACCGCCGAUCAGGGCGCCGACGUCUCAGUCUUCCCCUCGGGAGGCGCAAUCCUGUUCAACACCUCCCUGCACAUGCACGUCCGGGACUCCUCCUUCCGCCGCUGCGCCUCGACUUUGACUGGCGGGGCGAUCAGCGUGCAAUCGGCCGUGGCGCCGCUGACAGUCACGGGGAGUGUGUUUGAGGAGAACCAGGCGUUCAUGCAGGGGGGGUGUCUGGAACUUAUUAUGCUGCCGGGAGUCACGGAGAUUCUCGACUGCCGAUUUAUAAACAAUGUGGUCACAAACGUGCCAUCCUUCGCAGCAGCAGUCGUGUCGUACGGUGCGGCCCUCACAGUGCGCGCCUGCCUCUUCCAAAGCAACGCCGCCUCGCCCACCCCUGCUGGCGACGGCAGCGCCUCCGCCACGUACCUGUCGCAGGGAGCAGCGCUGAUGGUGUUUGCCUUCAUGGACCCCUUGUUCCCCAUCACCAUCGCUGAUUCCACGUUUAAGAACAACACGGUAGGCGUGUGGAUGCCCAACCCCUAUCUGCCCGCACUAUGUUUCUUACUAACCCCUAUCUGCCCGCACUAUGUUUCUUACUAA